GUGUGCGCUGCGUGCUCGCGCUCAAACCGUGCAGAGAGAGAGAGACGUGAUUUUGCACGCGCUCUGAGACGGACGACCGACAGACAGACCGACAGACAGACAGACUCGGUCUAACCUGGGGGAAAGAGUUUAUACGCGUGGAUCAAAACAUCCUCCAAAGUGCAUGAGAUACGCAUUCAAGGGCACUGAGGAAGCCAUGGAAAGUUAACAUCUGGAUGGUUUUCUGAUCUGAUCCCAGUAAUUUAGUUAAUAAUGGACUUUGGAGCAACUUGGUGAGUUUUUUGAAGACAAAACGCGUACAUUUCUUUUUUUUUUUUUUUGCAAACUUGUCCGACCUGAUGGUGCCAUCAUGCUCGUCUGGAUACUCAGAGUGAGUUGGUGUUAAAAAAAAAAAAACCGAUGCAAGCAACAGCUGGAAAGGAUUUCCCCUCUGUGUAAUUGGGUGAAAUUCAGUGUUGGACUAAACAGGCCUAGUUUAAAUUUUUUUUGACCAUACUUAGCCUCCAAAAAAAAAAAAAAAAGACAACAUAUUGUCUUUUUUUUUUUUGUCCCAUAACGACGGCUUUCUCCAAAAUGCGGCGGUGCGCGGAACAUGUGGACUUUCUCUUUGCAACUAUGUGCCUUUUGUGUUUCACCCCAAGCAGCGGUCAGUACCACGGGGAGAAGGGCAUCUCCAUCCCGGAGCACGGAUUCUGCCAGCCCAUCUCCAUUCCUCUGUGCACGGACAUUGCGUACAAUCAGACCAUCAUGCCUAAUCUUCUCGGUCACACCAACCAGGAGGACGCAGGACUCGAGGUGCACCAGUUCUACCCGCUGGUAAAAGUGCAGUGCUCGGCUGACCUGAAAUUCUUCCUGUGCUCCAUGUACGCGCCUGUGUGCACGGUGCUGGAGCAGGCCAUCCCACCAUGUCGCUCCCUCUGUGAGCGGGCCAGACAGGGCUGUGAGGCGCUCAUGAACAAGUUCGGGUUCCAGUGGCCCGAGCGCCUGCGCUGCGAGAACUUCCCAGUCCAUGGCGCGGGUGAGAUCUGCGUGGGUCAGAACACAUCAGAGGCUGGAACUUCGACGUCCGAUCCGACACCGUAUGCGCCCGAUCUCAUCACACUGCCACCCAUUGGAGGUAGAAACUCUCAGCAGUUCACUUGCCCUCUGCAGCUCAAAGUGCCAUCAUACCUCAACUACUAUUUCAUGGGUGAGAAGGACUGCGGCGCGCCGUGUGAGCCCGCCAAGCCCAACGGCCUCAUGUACUUCCGUGAAGAAGAGGUGAAGUUCGGACGCCUCUGGGUGGGCAUCUGGUCCAUUCUGUGCUGCGUGAGCACCCUUUUCACUGUGCUCACCUAUUUGGUAGAUAUGAGGCGAUUCCGAUAUCCGGAGAGACCCAUCAUCUUCCUGUCUGGCUGCUAUUUCAUGGUGGCCGUGGCCUACGCGGCGGGUUUCUUCCUUGAGGACAAGGUGGUUUGCAUCGACAAAUUCAGCGAGGAUGGAUACAAGACAGUAGCGCAGGGUACAAAGAAGGAAGGAUGCACCAUCCUCUUUAUGAUCCUUUACUUCUUCGGAAUGGCAAGCUCCAUCUGGUGGGUCAUCCUGUCCCUCACGUGGUUCCUCUCAGCUGGCAUGAAGUGGGGCCAUGAGGCCAUCGAGGCCAACUCGCAAUACUUCCAUCUGGCAGCAUGGGCCGUUCCUGCGGUCAAGACCAUCACCAUCCUCGCCAUGGGGCAGGUGGACGGAGACCUGCUGACAGGCGUGUGCUAUGUGGGUAUAUACAGUGUGGCGUCUCUGCGGGGUUUCGUCCUGGCACCACUCUUCGUUUACCUCUUCAUCGGCACGUCGUUCCUUCUAGCAGGCUUCGUGUCGCUCUUCCGCAUCCGCACCAUCAUGAAGCACGACGGCACAAAGACUGAGAAGCUGGAGAAGCUCAUGGUGCGCAUUGGGGUGUUCAGUGUGCUCUACACCGUGCCUGCUACCAUCGUGAUCGCGUGCUAUUUCUACGAGCAGGCUUUCCGUGAGCACUGGGAGAAGACGUGGCACAUGCAGACGUGCAAGCGCUUCGCUGUGCCCUGCCCGGCCGGCAACUUCGCACCCAUGUCACCCGACUUCACCGUGUUCAUGAUCAAGUACCUGAUGACCAUGAUCGUAGGAAUCACGUCUGGCUUUUGGAUCUGGUCCGGCAAAACGCUGCAAUCGUGGCGCAGGUUUUACAAAAGACUCAGUAACAAUAACCAGGGUGAGACGACUGUAUGAAAACAGGACACGACCAUGAGAGUCAAAGACAAGACUGAAUUUUGGAGGGAAUUGGUUCGCCGAGCCUGGACGACACUUUUUUUUAAUAGACAUUUUCUUGUAAACGAGCCCAAACACAGAUCUGCAGUUUCAGAUAAACAUGCUUUACAGCAAUUCUUGCUUUGUCUUUUGAGAAAUGAAAAUCUGUGGACACUCAAAAAAAAUUAUUAACAAUAAUAAUAAUAAUAAUAAUAAAAAACAACAACAACAUGCCAACAUGUUUUCCCAAACUUCUGGCUCACUCGCCUUUGUUUUAUUCAUGUGAAACACAUAUUUUGACUUUGCCUCUAUGUACCAGUAUAUUUUACACGUGAUCUCUGCACAUGCAUUUUUAAGGCCGACAUUUCACGCGCUGUACUCGGCAUAUAGGCGACAUGUAGCGCUCAUUACUGUGGAAUCAUGAUUCUUUAUUUUAAACCCAAGAAUAUUGACCAUGUUUUGCUUUCCAGAUGUAUCCUCUCUCCUCUUCUAUGGACUUGUAUGACUUUCAGAGCCACCCACUGACAAUCGUGCAUCGUUCAUGUGGCACAAAAGUGCACCAGGUUUGGGGUUGGAGGCCUACAUGCAUGUGUCCAGCUGGGAAAUUAUGCAAGCUCCUUUUAAACUGCGUAACUUGUAAAUAAUCACCUUUUCGUAAAGAAUAUAUGUAUUUAUGAAGAUAAUCUUGUUGGGUUUUUUUACUUGAUUUUUUUAAAAACAGAAAAUUGGUAAGAGGACAUUUGUAUAUGUACAGUUUCACCGAAUAAAACGAUUAGAUUUUUAA